UAAAUAUUGGUUUCGUGUUAUGUGGAUUGAAGUUUGGAGUUUGACCGUCUGCAAAUUUAAGUUCAGGUCCAUACUAAAAGUCCAAACAUAAGGGUGUUUAUGGUGACUGACCAGUGGUUUUGACAUGUCAGGUGCAGCAAGCGUGUAAAGUCUGUAUGAGAGAAAUAAUAGGAGGCUUCCGUCCUCUUUCUUGUCAACAGUUUUGUGCAGUCCCAGAUGUAUCAUUAAUCCAGAGUUAUGCACAAUAAAAUUGUCUACAGCAUUGCAGGGGCCACUGGUGCCGCCUUGCUUUCAUGGAGAACUUUGUUUCCGUGGAUUGGUGAAGACGUUACAGUGUUGAAGGCAUCAUUGGCUGUUGCAAAAGUAAUGAAAGCAGCUCUUGAGAAUGGAAGACCUUUCAUUGACACGUUUGAAGAACAAGUUGUAAAGCAUGGGAAAAAGCCGUUAAUAAUAUUUGAUGAUAAUAUUUACACAUAUGAAUUCAUAAACGAACAAGCCAAUCGUGUGGCCAAUAUUGUCAAAACAUGGGGUGUCAGUUGUGGUGACACUGUAGCCAUUUUGAUCACCAAUGAGCCAGCAUUUGUGUGGACGACUUUAGGUCUUCAGAAACUUGGAAUAGUGUCAGCCAACAUCAAUUAUCACUUGAAGUUGGACCAGCUAGUGCAUUCUGUGGUGAACAGUGAGGCUAAAGCUCUUAUUGUGGGAGCAGGCGAGCACCUCUUCCAUUCCUUGUCGGAGGUUCGGGACAAACUUUGUGACAUCCCAGUCUACGUGCAAGGAGUUCAAUCGGGUGAUUUGCCUCCAGAGUACAUUUCCUUUGAUGAUCUCAUGUCACGGUCGCUUCCAGUACCAGUCGACAAGAACGUCAGGUCAAGUGUUACGCCUUUCAGCACGGCAUGUUUAAUCUUCACAUCGGGCACCACAGGAUUUCCAAAACCUGCCGUCGUGACACAUCUCAAAAUAUUUGGUCUGUCCGCGAUGAUAAAACUGGUGCAUGCUGGACCAGACGAUGUUGUGUAUGUACCGUUACCACUUUACCACUCUGCCGCUGGUGGAAUAGGCUUGUACGGAACUAUUGGUAGUGGCUGUACAAUGGUUUUGAGGAGGAAGUUUUCAGCCACAAAGUUCUGGGACGAUUGCCGGAAAUACAAUGUGACGAUUAUUCAAUACAUUGGCGAACUGUGUCGAUACCUUCUCGGACAGCCAAAGCAUCAUCUUGAUGGUGUUCACUCGAUUCGGGCAGCCAUAGGAAACGGCUUGAGGAGCGAUAUCUGGAAGAAAUUCCAGCACCGGUUCAGAAUUCCUCUGAUCUGUGAGUUCUAUGGUGCAACGGAGGGGACGGGGAUGACCUUCAACAUCUCCAACACGCCCGGGGCCAUUGGAAGACUCUCUCCUGUGUUGAAAUUUAUUCGCCCACCUGAUUUCUACCAGACACUGGUGAAGUAUGAUUACGCUACCGCUGAACCACUGAGGGACAAACAAGGCCGAUGUAUUGAAAUCCGAGCUGGUGAGAAAGGUUUGUUUAUCAGCAGUAUUCCACAGAUGCAGACGGACGCUGGGGUGAAGUUUUACAAGGCGUCCGACGCGGUCAACAAGAAGAAGAUUAUCCACAAUGCCUUUACAAACGGAGACCUCUUCUUCAACUCGGGCGAUCUCUUCUAUCUUGACAAAAACUACUUCGUUUAUUUUGCAGACAGAAUCGGCGACACUUUCAGAUGGAAGGGUGAAAAUGUCUCCACAACAGAAGUCGCUAACAUUCUUACACAGGCAAGCUUUGUACAAGACGCCAAUGUCUAUGGUGUCCAUAUUCCAGGUCACGAUGGACAAGCCGGCAUGGCAGCCAUCACUUUGCGUGGCAGUGAACCAAUAUCUGCAGACAGUCUAAAAACACUUGCGAAGAUUUGUCAAGACAAUCUGCCAAGUUAUGCCCGGCCUCUGUUUUUGAGAAUCCAGAAGGAAGCAUCGAUCACAGCCACGUUCAAACAGCAGAAGUUCAACCUCGUCGAGGAAGGGUUCGACCCCGCCAAGGUCCGAGAUCCACUCUACUAUCUCAACCAUGAGAACCAUCAGUACAUCCCAGUCACGUCGGAACUUUACGCGCAGCUUCUCACCAAGUCCAAGCUGUGAGAACAACAGUUGCUGGAUACAGGACUUUACAGGAGAUUUGUUUUGGGUUUUUUAUUCAUGGAGUUUAUUUUUAUACAGUGCACUCAUUUAUACCAGAUUAAUCAUGUACGGCAGCUGUCAGUUAUCGAAUCCAGUAUGUAACCCACAUUGAAUUUUAUUCGUCGGUUUUAUCCAGAUUGAUUCAGGUACCAGGUAUUGAUAAAUGAAUUGUGUUAACCUGAUUAAUCAUGUAGCGCAAAUUUUGUCCACUUUGUUCAAAUUGUGUUAACUUGAUUAAUCAUGACAUGCAAAUUUUUUAUAAGUUGUUUAAACCAGAUUUAUUUUUAGUGCAAAAUGUGUCAUCCUAAUCCAAUUUGUGUAAGCCUGAUUGUUCUGGUAGUGCAAAAUUUGUCUACUUAAUCCAAAUUGUGUAAACGUAAUUGUUCUGGUAGUGCAAAAUAUAUUCAUCAAAUCCAAAUUAUCUUAAUCCAUAGUUUGUACAGGGUUUUUUAAAGUUAUUUAAAAAACCAAAAACAAUCAUUUUUGAAACCUUGGAUGACUGGAAAAAGGAAAAGUAUUUUCACUUUAUUUGGAAAAAAAUAUAAAAGCACGGAAGUUACAAUGUAAAUAUACUUGUGGCAUGCCAUGUGCAGUCUCUAUAACCACACAAUUUUUAAAUUGCUUACUGCAUCAUGCAAUAUCACUUAAAAGCAUGGUACAAGUCAGUUAUCACAUAAAUUUACGUCUUUUAGUUUAUUUUUCAAUAACCCGAAAAAAGGUUGAUAUGCAAACCAGAAUAUUCUCAACAAAAUGAAUUAAGGGUCCAUCUGUGUGACUUAGGGUAAUUUUUCACUGGUAUCCUGUUAUUUUUAAAUAAACCAAUUGUGAUCACAGGUUACUUCUAAACUUUAUUUCAGUAAACUUUGACCUUUGACACACACACAAAUCUUAUUGCAAUGCACAUUACGCUACAAGUCGUUAUACUGGUUCGCAAUGAAUCCUAUAUUUUAUUACUCUAAAUUGAGGACGGGACGUAUCCCAGUGGUAAAGCGCUCGUUUGAUGCAUUGUCAGUUUGAGAUCGAUCCUGUCGGUAGGCCCAUUGGGCUAUUUCUCGUUCCAACCAGUGCACCACAACUGGUAUAUCAA